UUCUGACCAAUCGCCAGUCCUGACGUAGGCGCUGGCUUCUUGCCCCUUUAUAAGACAAGGAGAGAAGCUCAAGCUUUGUCCAGUAAGGUCGGGUGUGUUGUGUAGAUAUUUUGGUGGUGUUAGUAAGCACUAUGUCGCGUUACGGGCGAUACGCCGGCGAGGCUAAAGUGUAUGUUGGUAAUCUCGGCACUGGUGCUGGAAAGGGGGAGCUGGAACGAGCCUUCAGUUAUUAUGGACCUCUGAGGACCGUUUGGAUUGCAAGGAACCCUCCUGGAUUUGCCUUUGUCGAGUUUGAAGAUACAAGAGAUGCUGAAGAUGCUGUUCGUGGCUUAGAUGGAAAGGUUAUUUGUGGAUCCAGAGUUAGAGUGGAACUUUCAACUGGCAUGCCACGGCGAUCUCGUUACGAUAGACCUCCAGCACGACGUCCCUUUGAUCCAAGUGAUCGUUGCUAUGAGUGUGGUGAGAAGGGACACUAUGCCUACGAUUGUCAAAGAUAUAGCAGACGCAGAAGGAGCAGAACCAGGUCUCGGUCUCAUUCAAGAUCUAGGGGAAGAAGAUAUUCCCGUUCACGAAGCAGAAGCCGUGGAAGAAGGUCUGCUUCUCCUCGCCGUUCAAGAUCUGCAUCACCGCGCAGAUCCAGGAGUGCCACCCCACGCAGGUCUAGGUCGGGCUCUGUCAAAAGAUCCAGGUCUCGAUCCAGAUCUCGCUCAAGAUCCAGGUCAAUGUCUCAUCCAAGAAGCAGGUCAAAGUCCAGAUCAGCAUCCCCAAAAAGAAGCCGCUCACCAUCCAGAAGUCCACGAAGAAGCUUAAGUCCAGAAAGAAAUGGUUAAUUACUUAGAAUUUUUGCAGCAAUGUGCUGCAGCCAGGUUUUUCACCUUCAAAAUUUUUUUGUUUGAACUUUACUUCACUAGGCUAGCAUACAAUAUAUGUUGUAUCUCGUCUAUAAAGCUGAAUUUUUGCAUUUCAGAAUUGUACUUGUCAAACAUCAAAUAGCUUGUCCUGACUAGUGAGUCUUCACUGUAUCUUGAAGCAGACUUUGCUGUCUGAAAUUGUGAAGUGAUGAGUACAUAAGGUAUUCCCCUUGUAUAUAGCAAAAACUCUAUGCAGCUUUGUUAACCAUUUAACUGUUAACUUGUAUUUGGGAGUUUUUUUUUUUCCCCCUGUAUUAGUAAAGGCCUCAUUGGGGGUUUAUUUAUGUUUUUAUUGACUGUGGGUAUAAAGUAAUGAGAAAUGCUGCUCAGUGUGGCAUUUGCAGCUUGAAUUGGCUUCCUAUGUUAAGAGAUGUACAAUUCAUUGCAAAUGUUUUAGCACUUUGGCACUGAAAUAAAUUGUAUGUCUUCUA